AAUACUAGCGACACAAUCCACACACACUGCUGUGGACUUACAGCUCCGCUUUUAGCCAUAAUUUACUGAUAGACAUAAAUAAAACAUUGUUUAUUUUUAGUUAUUGAAGGCAUGUGUUUGAUAAUAUUUAUCAACGGCUAUCUUAAUAUAGGCUAUCUCAGAUGAAGAACAGUGCUUUUUGGAAAAUUUAAUUUAUGUACAUUUAUUAAUUCGAUUAGCAACAUAUUCCUUUUUAUUUUAAGUAGCAUUAAAUAAAUAAAAUGUGGAUGUGUUGGGUUAUCGCUUUGUUAAAUGCCUGCCUCUUCACUGAAGCAUUAAAUCAGUCAUUCGUGACUGAAGACGUUAUACCUGUCCGGUUAACGGGAAGGAGCGGCGGACGCGUGGCGAGGAGAAGUGAAGAGCAGCCGAGCUUUAGACUCGAGGCAUUCGGCAGGAAUUUCACUCUGAAUUUAACACCGGACAGCACGUUCAUAUCUCCUGCACUGAAAGUCUAUCGCCUAAAUGCCAAAGCACACGAGUCUUCCUUCAGCAACUUGACAGAUCUAUACAACUCCUUAAACCAAACUGAAGACUCGGGGAGCGAUUUGACAGACUGUUUUUACUCCGGGGCUGUUAACUCCGAUGAGGACUCUGUUGUCUCUGUCAGCCUGUGUCACGGGAUUUUGGGAUCUUUUAUAACUGAUGGUCACGAAUAUCUAAUCGAACCGAAAGGUCUCGGCUCGGGAAAAUACGGAAAAUUGACGGAACAGUUGCAUGUUAUCAAAAGAAGACUAUUUACAAAGACCCUGCAGGUCUCUGAACAGGUGUCAGAUAGCAAAGAUGGUGAAGAACAUUUGAUGGAUGAUAAAGAUGUGAUACAGAUGGCGUCCAGGUCCAGACGCUUUGUUUCUGCGCCCAGGUUUAUCGAGACGUUGGUGGUCGCUGACGCUUCUCUGACGCAUUUCUACGGAGAUGAGAUUAAGCACUACCUUCUGACAUUAAUGUCACUGGCUGCCCAGAUUUACAAGCAUCCCAGCAUUAAGAACUCCAUCAACAUAGUGCUUGUGAAGAUGCUGAUCGUAGAGGACGAGGAUAUCGGACCAUCCGUCUCAAGCAACGGAGGCGUUGCGCUGCGCAACUUCUGUGCCUGGCAACAGCUCUUCAACCCAUCUAGCCACAGGCAUCCAGAGCACUACGACACUGCCAUACUUUUUACUAGAGAGGACAUCUGUGGACAUCAGAGCUGUGACACGUUGGGCGUAGCCGACGUGGGGACCAUGUGUGAUGGCAGAAGGAGCUGCUCGGUUAUUGAAGACAACGGCCUUCUGGCUGCUUUCACAACUGCCCAUGAGCUAGGUCAUGUCUUGAAUAUGCCUCAUGAUGAUGCCAAGAACUGCGAGCAGCUUUUUGGACACCUGGGAAAGGAUCAUGUCAUGGCUCCUGUGUUCACUGAGCUGAGCAAGACUUCUCCUUGGUCUCCUUGCAGCGCUUUGUACGUCACUGAAUUUUUCGACAAUGGAUAUGGAGACUGCUUGCUGGACACCCCAGAGAAGACGAUGGCCCUGCCCACCGAGCUUCCAGGAGUGAGUUAUAGCCUGGACCGUCAGUGCCAGCAGUUAUUUGGAGAGGAGUAUUCACACUGUCCCAAUGCUUCAGCUGGCGAGGUGUGCAGACAGCUUUGGUGCCAGCAGGAAGACCAGUCUAUGUGCACAACCAGAAAUGGGAGUCUACCGUGGGCAGAUGGCACAGGCUGUGGCCCUAACAAGACAUGUCUCAAUGGGGAAUGCAUGUCAUCGGAAGAAGUCAUGAAACCUAGGCCAGCUGUGGAUGGAGGUUGGGGAGAGUGGGGACCAUGGCAACCAUGUUCCAGAUCAUGUGGAGGUGGAGUGAUGUUCUCCUAUCGAGAGUGCAACCAACCACUUCCUGAAAACGGUGGAAAGUACUGUGAGGGCCAGAGAGUGAAUUACCAGUCGUGCAACACACAACCUUGUGAGAAUAAUCGAGGCAAAAGUUUCAGAGAGGAACAAUGUGAGAAGUACAACAAUCCCAAUCAUUUUGAUGUUCACGGAAAUGUGAAGCAAUGGAUACCCAAAUACGCAGGAGUAUCUCUGAGGGACAGAUGUAAACUUUUCUGUCGAGCGAGAGGCAGCAGUGAAUUCAGAGUGUUUGAAUCUAAAGUGAUUGAUGGAACCCCAUGUGGUCCAGAUACCACAUCGUUCUGUGUGCAAGGCCAGUGCAUUAAAGCCGGUUGUGACCUGGAGAUCGACUCUAAUAAGAAACUGGACAAAUGUGGUGUAUGUGGGGGAAAUGGGCAGAGCUGCAGGAUGAUAUCUGGCUCGUUCAACAAAAUCAUGCACGGAUAUAGAGACAUCGUGACGAUUCCAAGCGGUGCCACUAACAUUAACAUCAAACAACAGAGUCAAGGUAGCAUACCGCAUGACGGGCAUUACUUGGCCAUACGGAGAGAAAAUGGUGAUUAUAUCUUAAAUGGAAACUUCUCGGUAUCCACACUGGAGCAGUAUAUUCCGGUUCUUGGUGCUGUGCUGAAAUACAGUGGAUCGUCCACCACUCUGGAAAGAAUACAGAGCUUCAGUCAGCUUCAGGAACCAAUCGCCAUACAGCUGCUUUCCACUGCUAGUGAAUCCAUCCCACCGAAGGUCAAAUACACAUUCUACAUCCCUAAAACCAUGUCUUUCAACAAACCUAAAGAAAAGAAGAUGUCUGGAAAAAAUAUCCAUCCUUUUGGUGUGCCACAGUGGGUGACGGGAGAGUGGUCCGAAUGUUCCAAAACCUGUGGCUCGGGAUGGUCCAGAAGAACUGUGGAAUGUAAGGACAACGCAGGUUUUUAUUUGAACCUCUGCAACAAAGAUCUCAGACCCUCUGAUAUUAGGGCUUGUGCAGACCUGCCGUGUCCUUUAUGGCAGAUAGGACCUUGGACUUCGUGCUCACAGACUUGUGGCCACGGGGAACGCCAUCGUCGGGUUCUCUGCAUCGAUUACACCGGGAAGACUGUGGAACCAGAAAAAUGUGAUCCAUCUAAAUUGCCAGAGUCAGUAUCUGAAAAGUGUUUUUAUCAUGAAUGUUGAUAACAUAAGUUGAAAGGGAAGACGAUCCUGUGAAAUAGGAUUAUGUUGAUUUUGAUGUUGACCGUGCUUCAGGUUGGGGCAGGAAAUAUUUGGGGUUUAGAAGGACAAAUGAUGAGUGAACCUGGUUGGAAAAUUAUAAAAGGUCUGAUCACUUCUCCAUGUUUUUAAGAUAUAUUUAUGACCACUACGGACGUUUUAGCGUAAGCCACACUGUAUGAGUUGGGCCACAAUUUGGUAGUCUGAGACAAAUACCUUAAGAUUCCUUAAAUCCUACGGCAAAAUCGUUAGUCUUGAUUGCUAGUUUGACAUUGCUGAAAUGGCCAAUGAGAUCUAAUCUUUCAUCCAAUAAAAUUCUGCCAGUGUCUAACGUUAUGAGACACAGCCCUGCAGUUUGGGUUCUUCUACGAUGACCUGUAUGUCCUCAUCUGGACCUCCUACAAUGACCUGUAAAAUUUUAGACGAGUCUUCUUUGAGCGUAUCCGUUUGUAAGAAGUAUUGACUGCUGAACAGUUUAACAUUAUAGACAUGUACACUGUAAGCCUAGACAAGUUGAUUUAACUUAAAAAACAUAGGGUAACUCGAUGCCCUAAAAACUUUUGUCAAACAAACAAGUAAUUUUAAGUUAAAUCUACUUAUGUUAACAAUAUGCAAAUCUUUAUUUCAUACAUCUUAUAUAAGAAACUCAGCGAUUUUUGCCUCUCAAAAUAAGAGGACACAUUACAAAGCAAGGGUAACAUCAAAUAAAGCAAAAGCUUCAACUUCAGACAUAGACCUCAACACACAACACAGAAGUCUCAAUAAUGGUAAAAGAAAUAAAAUCUCAUGAAGUGAAAAGAUAAGCUCUUCACUUCACCAAAAAAAUAAUAAGCAACAAUGAUAACAAAAACAACUGCAGUAGGAUAAAUAAAGAGAACAAACUGCAAAACAACAUUCAUAUAACAGUAGCAGUUAAUUUAUGCAUGAUGCAAUGCAUGAUGGGUAAAAUUUCAAAAUCCAGAGACUUAAAUAAGCUAAAAUAAGUUGAUUAAACUCAACAUUUCUUGUUGAAUGAGAGAAAUCAUGCAAUUCGGGCAUUAAACUUAAACACUUGCGUAAUGGAGGACAUUUUUCAGGGUUUAGGUUAAAUGUACGUAUUUAUUUGGGUAAAAACAAAGCUUAAUGAGGGUUAACAGUGUAAUACAUUUGAAAUAUUUAUACUUUCAAGUGUCUUACAAAUUCAGAUUUGUGAGUUUUCAAAGGAAAUAAUAAAAAUCUAAUACAUGUAAAUAUUGAUCAAAUAAUGCAAAUAAUGCAAAAUGGAAUGGCAUCAUUUUCACGUUUAAACAGUGGCUGUAUGUGCAGUCACCUGAUAUAAAAAAAUUUAAACAUUACGUGUUAAAAUAUAGUUUAGGAUAUAGCAUAGGGUUUAUGUCCAUUCAAUGAAUUGUGUUAACCUUUCUAUUGGGGUACUUUGUAUUAAACGCUGUUUACUUUAAAAUUGUACAUGAGUAGCAAAUUGACUUUCUCUGCAAUUCUGAGACCUUACAGGUUCAUUCUGCUCUUUUCCCUUUGUUUUCCUGUAUUUGAGGUCUGCUGAGGUUUUGAAAGUGCUGUGUAGUGAACAUGUAAUGAAGCUGAAGCAGUGCAGUAUGACACCAAAAUAGGUCUCACAAAUAGGUUGGAGUCACCACAGUCACAGAUAAUUUAUAUAAAAUGCUCCUGUAACUUUUCAGGUUACUGUAUAUAAAUGUUCAUUUGUUAUUGAUCAUUCCAGUUUUUGUACAUUUAAUAUAUAUCUAUCUAUCAUAUUAUGGCAAAACAUGUUAUACCUUCAGUGAAGGACUGUGGUGUUAUUUCGUUGUAAAGCUAUUUAUUUUUGUAAGGUUUCAUUGUCAAAAUGAAUACAAAUUAUGCAAUAUUUUCAACAUGACUUGUUUUUGUUAUCAAUGAGGAGUUUAAAAAUAAAAAUGUGUAAUAUAACAUGCAAAAUCAUCUUUUUGAGAAAAUACAUAUUUUUAAUCAAUUAUUUAAUUUAAGCAGAUAUGUAACAGGUAUUUAUACAGAGUUUGUAUUUACAUUAAGCUAGAAUAAAAGCUUGGUUUUGUAAGUCAAUUCAACCUAAUUUACAUUUUUAACCUGUGAUAAGUUGACAUAACUUAAAUUGUUACGUUAAAGUAAGAUAAAAAUACAUUUCGCAUAGAUUUUUAGUGUACAUUUAGCGUAGCACAGAUUUGUUUUUACAGUGAACUGUAAAAAUUAUAUCAUAUAUCAACAAUGGUACUUUAACUUAACACAUUAAGUAAAACAAUUUCAACUUGUUUUUUCUAGGUUAUCUCAUCUUAUCACAAGUCAAAACUUAAAAUAGUAGGUUGAAUUGACCUUCAUAGUUAAGUUGUUUAAAUUUCAUGCUGUAGUAUUUUUUACCAUGAACACCAUCAGUUUUGAGUUGACAGUUUGGAGACUGUCUGGGGGCUUUAACACAUUAAAGCAU